CGGUCGUGAUUAGUUCAAGUGUCGCCAAUUGGUUUUAGACUAAUUACGUGUUUCGACCAUCAGAUGAUCGCCCGCCUCUGCGGAUUAGAAGCCUGAUUAGCUCCCGCGUGGGACGAGGCUCUCUCGCAGAGCAGAGACGAGUGGCGAGAGGAGAGCGGAGGGAGAGGAGGCCAAGGGAAGCAAGCGCUCAGCACGGCGAGAGCAAUUUGGUCGUGGACACGAGAAACGGACUCGGAGGAGAGAGAGAGAGAGAGAGAGAGAGAGAGGUAAGACACUAGAGGUGUGCAGAUGUUGUGAGAUCCGCGGUGACGGAGGCUCACAUGAAUCGGACUAUGGAACUGCCUUUUAGCGGAAGUUUUGUUCCGUGCGCGAGUGUAAUUCGACACCAAGAGGAGGGCGUUUGUCAGCGCUUCAGGAGAUAAUAGUGCCAUCGGGUGAAUCCCUGAUCCGCACAUCGGAGUCGGGAGCAUACGAGGGUGAGUUUUUCUGCUCGGUCGAGAGCUUCGUCGAAUGCGGAGGGUUGAUUCCGCGUGCGAAUAGGAGAGCGUGUAGAGUGGAAGAAGUGCUGGGAGCAGGUCGGGUACCGGGUUCGUCGUUCUUCCGCGAGCCCGCUGGGACGAGUCGUGUGAUCGAGAAGACGAGGAGGCCGUGAAGGUUUGUCGUGAGACGGAUGGCGAGAGGGAGAGCGGGGAGGUGAAGAGAGCGGAAGGCGAAUGAGGAAUGGCAUUUUGAGGGUCACGGCAGGUUUCGCAGGGUCGGCGUCAGUCUGGUCUGCGGAGGUUCGUAGUCUAUUCGUUGAGAGACUUCGGAUGUUCUGAAGGAGGCGUGGGUGGGAGAAUAGCUUGAAGUCGGGAGAUGGGUGGCAGGUUGGUGCUCAUGCAAUUGUUGGGAGGAUGAGUGAAGGUAAUAGUCGUGGAAGAGGAGGAGAAUUGGUCGAUUUGGCAAUUGGCAGUGAGUGAGAGGUGGGUUUAGGGUAAAGGCUGGCAUAUUGGGAAUUAAUGCGGGGGCGAGAGCAGUAGCAACAUGAGUGUGCGUAUGCUGUCUCGGCCCCCGUCGACAAACGCCAAUUCGUCGAAUGCGGGAAUUCCAGUGUCUCUGGCUCCCCCUGCAUCCAUCCUCAAUUCCACGGCCUCGUCCCCUCCUUCGUUCGCUCCUUCCUCGUCCUCUGGCUCCCCGCCUUCUCCCUCUCCUUUCUCGUUUCCCGCUCCACCAGACUUAUCCUUCCAGCAGCAGCGCUCCUCUCUGUCCUCACCUCCUCCAUCGCCCGCAGGCGGCUCUUCUGUGCUGAACUUUUCUCCUCCAGUGCAACCGUCUUCAUCUUCUGCAUCCUUGUCGGUUGCAUCUUCUGGCUCCGGAGCAGGCUGCGUCCCUGCGUCGCCUCUUUCUUCUCUUGGGACGAAUGGCGUAGUGGUCGUCGGGGUGAUUGGCCGGGUCGAGCACGAGGUCUCGCAGUUGCUCGAUCGGCUUCUUGAUGCUCAGGUCUUUGGUUCAAGACAUGGAGGAUCCGAGCCAUGGUCUGAAGCCGAAGACAGUGUCCACGUACAUUCCGGCAACUCGUUUCAUCUGGAGAAAGAGCUCGGAAAGGAUGGGACUUCGCAAGUACUUUGCAAUCGAGCCAGGGAUAGAGAUCCUCGCGAGGUCGCUAACUCUGAUGCAGAAAGCAGAGCGGAAGACAGUUCGGUGACAUCCGCCGGGUUUAUCGACGAAAAACAUGAUUUCAAAGCUCGGGGAUUUCGAACUGAGCAGUUGUGGAAUGGAGACAGUGGCAGGCAGAAAGAGAAACGGGCAGACGAGAAACUCGGCAAGGGUCCGGUCGGAAAUGGGAAUAAUGAAAGGAAGAAGGAAAGCCAGUGUGAGGACAAAGUCGGAAGAUUUGAUGAGGCCAAGGGUUGUGACGGUCUUCGAGAUGCUUGCAAAAGUUCUCCUGGCCUACUGAGCAAGCUCAAACAUUAUCACGACGAGGAGAAAGGAAUGGUUUAUGUCCAAUUCACUUGGGGAUCUCCGCCGCUUGACAUGUUCAGGGAAGAGUCCUAUACAGCAGCCUUAGCUCCGGACGGUUUAUCUGCCACUUUAGAACAUCAUGAAGCAGACGGCAUGCGUGGACUGCUGUUUAUGUUUUCUGUUUGCCAUGUCGUUUUACUUGUCCAAGAUGGGGCACAUUUCGAUCCCCGUUUCCUGCGUAUGCUCCGCUUGCUUCAGACAGCUAAGCACUCUCUAGCACCGUUUGUAAAGACUCAGGUGCUUCCAGGCUUGCUGCCGCCGCCGUCGUCCUCCAUAACCAGGCCUUCACCGCUGAAACCCAUAUCUUUGGCGACGACCAACUCUACAUCUGGGAGGACAGGGGUAGUGGGGCGCAGCUCUUCCACCAUAGCUCUCAUGUCCGGUUCAACUCCAGUUUUGUUUCCAGGGCAAUGUACACCGGUUGUUCUCUUCGUCUUCCUGGAAGACUUGACGGAGCCAUCGAUGGGAGGUGUCUCGUGUCCUAGUGGAGCCCGAACCGAGGAUAUAUCAGAGGCAUUGAUCAGUACUGUUUCUCCGUCAGGAUCCCUGUCACAGUCCAUGUCUGUGAAUUACCUCACGAGGCAGUCCGCCCAUACGAAGCCUGCGCCGGUGACAGUAGCGAGGACUAACAACAAAUCCGAGGCAGGUUUUCGCAAGAAGCUCCAGUCAUCAAUGGAAGCUCAGAUACGAUUUCUCCUGAAGAAGUGCAGGACCGUGGCCGGGUCUGGUGAGUCCGGUCCCUCUGGAGUUGGAGGAGGUCCUGGAAUGGGACCCAGGGGUCCUGGUGGUAGUGCCAAUUCUUUUCAAGGUGUAGGUGGCGGGGGUGCUCUAUUCCUACUGGACCCUUCCAGGGCCGUCGUAAUUCUGGACAGGUCCAGCAACCGCGUGACCGAUGCUCUGGAUGCUGCGACAGACGCCAUUGACGCCAUGUUACUCGGAAAGGAAGGUGCAGAGGACGCGCUUUGGGAAGUCGGUUUGAGUGCUGGGGUGGGAGGAGAGGAUGUACAGGCUGUGAAGGACUUCCUCUGGAGGCAAGCUGAUAUUUUACGAGGAAAGGGAGGUAUUACCAGCAACGCGGCGGGAGGUUCCGCUGGUGUGGGGAUGGUAGCUGCUGCUGCAGCAGCAGCUGCUGCGUCUGCUGCUUCUGGGGGCUCAGCUGGAUCCAAUAAGCCAAUCUGCAACCCUCCUGAACUUCCAUCAAUCACAAGCUGGUUGUCAGCAUGUCGAGUGUUGGCCGAAGCUUUAUCUGUGAGAGUGACAGAAGACGGUGGAGGGCAUGCAGGUCAUAAGGCCUCUGGUGGAAAUCGGACUGUGAUGAAGAAAGGAUCGGUGGCGGUGACUCGAAUUUCCGCUGGCACAGGAACUGUGGUUAGAAGCAAGGGCACUAUCGACUCGACCAUCUGCUCUCUAGAAAGCGGUGCCAAUAUGGACCAGAAGUUCUCGGCUGCUUGGUGCAAACGAGUACUACCAUCCGCCCACGAGGUCUACAUGAAAGGUCUGCCUCCUUGUUAUCCAACCAGCCUCCACAAGUCUCAGCUGGAAAAAGCCCUAGCUGUAUUUCGGGCGAUGGUCAGGGGACCAGCAGUACCUAUCUACGUGGAAACUUUGAAGAGAGAUUGUGAAGCCGUCUGGCAGUCUGGAAGGCAGCUUUGUGACGCCGAGAGCCUGACUGGAAAACCUUGUAUCCAUCAAGUUCAUGAAGUUAACGAUUCUCUAUCUUCGAAUAGCAACUUAGCAAGGCGCAAGGGGAGGAAUGAGUCUCAAGAAGCGGGAAAAUCUGCCUUCGACAAGCGCAUUUUCAAGCCCCAUUCCAGCGGUGUAAUGUUUUUGCAUGCAUGCGCAUGUGGGCGAUCUCGAAAGUUGAGGAAGGAUCCAUUUGACUUUGAAAGUGCGAAUGUGAGUUUCUUCAAGUUCCCUAAUUGUGAAGAUUUGCUUCCAUCGCUUGUGAUCCCCAGCCCUGAGGGAUGCGCGCCUUUCGGAGGGUCUCCUUGGAGUUUGGUAUGCCUGGGCAACUCACGUUACUACCAACCGUCUACAGGUUUGGUCCAGGGUGGAUUCUGCGCAAAGCAGAACUAUUUGUCGACUUGGGUCAUUCCGAUCGUCUACAGGAAAGCAGAGGCUGACGAAGAGAUUCAUCCCCCGUCGCCUCCAAAGGAACAAGUAGCCGAGUCGUUGCCCUUCCCCCGAAGCAAAGCAGCUGUCGAUGGAAAAAUCAUGAUCAAGGCUUUACUACCGAGGGCCCAACCUAUCUUGGAGUCUAAGUCAGCAUCUGCCAAUCUAUACAGUAAAGUUGCUGAGAAGGGGUACUCCGAAAGUAGUCGAACGAACUCUACCCGGGCUGGUGGGGUUCCAGACCUUCCAAGGAGUUUCACAGAUAUUGCCACAAAGGCGAACUACGGAGGAGAAUCUGCAUUUCCCCCUUUACCGCAGAAACAGGAUAAACUUGCACCUCCUCCAGCCAGAACGAGCAAGCAUUCAAACAGUAAGGAGAGGAAAGAUACAUCACAUGUUGUGCGGGAACAUCGUGAAGAGAAUUGUAAAGCUUUGGUGAAUGAAGUUCCGGAUAAGCUCAACGACAGACUCGACACCCCCGUCGGUUUUGAAGAACAGACGGUUUCGAAUGGCAAAGGGCCCGCCGAUCUGAGCUCCAAACUGAGUCCUAAUUCUGUCACGGAGCAUAUUCGAAUAUAUAUUGGCUUCGAACAUGAGUGUCCUCAUGGGCACCGCUUCCUUUUGUCAAAUGAUCAGGCAGAGAACUCUAGUUCAUCUAUACCAACAGUUCUACCUGGGACGGGGAAGUCGGAGUAUGCAAACGCGGGACGUCCUUCGAGAUCGAAAAAGCCAGAUCCUAACGAGGUGCCCCUGAAAGAAUCCGUGCAACUGACACGGACACUGGAUAUGCAAUCUGUGUCGCUGCAAGAAUCAAAUGGGAAGUCAUCGGGACCAAUGUCUCUGUUCAAAUCUAAUCGGGAUCGGAAGGAGAUGAAAGUACCAGAUGAUAUGCAGUAUUGGAGCGUUCAGGAUGGACAUGGCGAUGGACAUUCUCUGCUUAACUCCAAUCUACCUAUUUAUAUGAAUUGUCCUUAUUGCAAGACGUCAGAGGAGGGUACCAAAUCAACCACCAAAAGCUUGGUGCUAGGUGGCACCAUAUCUCAGCUUCAACGCAUAUUUGUGGUUACACCUUCUCUACCUCUGUUGCUCGCAACAUGCCCUCUGGUGGAGUUCGAGGAUGUAUCAAAACCAGUGAAGACAGUGAUGGAGUUCAAUCUCGGGAGCGAAGUUGUGCUGCCACCGGACAGCUUCCUAAGCUUGCGUCUACCUUUCGUGUAUUACUCCCAAAUGGACGGAGUCCCCAUCAAGCCCCUACUCGUUAAACAGCAUAAGCCGGAGCAAACAGGUUGGCUUGUGAAGGGCACAGCCUUGUACCUGAAAUCAAAGGGAGGCGUGAAUGGUCCUUUCGAUGGCUAAAAUGCCAUGGAUUCUCAGGCGAGAUCCCAAUUGCUCGUAAAAGGUACCGACUUCUAGGCUACACUUAGAUCAAGGACAACAACCUGUCCGUAAUCAUGACGACGUGUUCUCAGGGUUGAACAAGCUGGGAGAGGAGUACAAAAUCAUAAAUUCCUCAUGAGGAGUUUGUGCAAGCUGAGUAGUUGCAACAUCUUUUCAGCAGGUGAUUGAAAGAUUGGGAGUUUUGUUGGCCACAGACAAAGCACCGAGGGUAUCUUCAUCACUAACGAAGGCGAGAAAUCCAGGCCGGGUAUGCAGCCUCUGGCCAUGUAACUCUAUAUGCUUGCACACAUGGCUAGAAGGUUCACGUUCAGGAAUAGAAUCAUCUUUGUGUGCCCGAGCUAGCAUCCGAUUACAUCUACUCAGUAAACCGUCAACCCAUUGGCCUUGCACCGAUCUGAUCAAGGUUGAUGAUGGCGAGGUGUCGGGCGAAGCACACUUGCUCAUUUGCUGCCUGCGUCAAGGAAUUGUGGAAAUUCGUUGUAUCAGUGCUUCAUUUCGCACCACCGUUGUCCAAGCUCGUUUUCUUUUUAGGAAGACUUCUUCUGUGUACUGUUAGUCAAACCAAGACUGAGUCUGUGUCCGUGUGGCGGUUUAUGUAAACGUCAGAUGCGAAAAUUUGGCGUGAGAAUGGUGCACUCGUCGGACCAUGCCAGUCAGUAAAGUCAGUUCUAAUCAAGUUACCUUGUUUUUUUUCUCAGUUCUUCUGAGUAUGAUAGGAGACAAACAGCAAAGUCGAACGGAGGUUUAAGCAUCUUACCAAAUUCUUGACUCGAUAGCUUGUAAAUCUUCAAAAUUGAAUGAUACUUGAUAAUUGAUACUUUGAUUGAUUGGUUGAACAUUCACGUCUUGCUUUUUUCACUACUUCUUGUCAUACAGUUGAUGUGAAGCUAGUCAAGCUUUUCUCCUAGGGUACAAUUCUCGAAAUUCACGUACAUGGAUGUGAAAUUAAGUUCUGGUGUUUUCUUCGCCUUGCGGAAUACGAUAUCCAAGUUACC